UAUCUCGCACUAUCGCAAAAUUAUUCUUCGUCCUCAGCAAAUCGACAACUUUCGACAACCAUCUUCCAAAGGUUUGACAACUUCGACAACCACAUCAAAUCGCAAAGAUGGCACCUUCUCAACUUCCCGCGAUUUUCAACCCAACCUCCCAGGAUAUUGAGCAGCUUUUGGCCGCUCAAUGCCAUUUGGGAGCCAAGAACUUGCAAGUUCACAUGGAGCCAUACCUCUGGAAGACUCGCCCAGAUGGAAUCAAUGUUAUCAACAUUGGUAAGACCUGGGAGAAGAUCGUCCUCGCUGCCCGUAUCAUCGCAGCCAUCGACAACCCAGCUGAUAUCUGUGUUAUCUCUGCUCGUCCUUACGGUCAACGUGCCGUCUUGAAGUUCGCCGCCCACACUGGUGCCGUUGCCAUCGCUGGUCGUUUCACCCCUGGUAACUUCACCAAUUACAUCACCCGAUCCUUCAAGGAACCCCGCCUCAUCAUUGUUACCGACCCACGUACCGAUGCUCAAGCUAUCAAGGAGGCUUCCUACGUUAAUAUCCCAGUUAUCGCCCUUUGCGACACUGAUUCCCCAACCGAGUUCGUCGAUGUAGCUAUCCCAACCAACAACAAGGGUCGUCACUCCAUUGGUUUGGUUUGGUGGAUGUUGGCCCGUGAGGUCCUCCGUCUCCGUGGUUCCAUCGCUUCCCGUGAGGCUGAGUGGGAUACCAUGGUUGAUUUGUACUUCUACCGUGACCCAGAAGCUGAGGAGAACAAGGAGGCUAUUGAGGAGGCCAAGGCUCCAGGUGCUGAUGAGGUCGGUGCCGCUGCUGUUGACCAAGGAUUCACAGGUGCUGGUGACUGGGAGGUCUCUGGUGCUACUGCUGGUGCAUUCACUGCUGCUAGCAACACUGCUGCCGCUGGUGGAGCUUCGUGGGAUGCUGCUGAGCCAUCUGACUGGGCUGCUGCACCAGCUGCCGCUGGACAAGAGUGGGCUGCUUCCGGUACCGAGCAAUGGUAAAUGUCACACUACCCAACAAAAAAUAAUUAAGAUGUUUCUGCAAUGAACUGUAUUCCUUGGGGGUAAAAUUUGAAAGCACUUAUGAGGGAAAGAUACUCGAUUACCGUUCAUGUGCCAUGGUUUGAGAGGGAAAGCCCUGUGCGUUCAAAAGGAGUGGACUUGAUCGUUAUUCCGCUCUCAAUGAAAUGAGUCUCUGGUUGUGGCAUGACAAUCUCAGAUUAUCUUCGCAGAGGAUUGAUAUUUUCGCUGUGAUAUGAAGCUUCGUCGUAAUAAAUGGAGCAUGUCAUAAAAUCUAAUCAAACGCAUUGCAAAAAUACAUCGAUCUCAAACCAUGAUCCUGUGUAUUUGUGCAUAAUCCUCUCACAGUUUCUUUUGUAAUCCAUGCCAUUUCCUUUCAGUAAAUCUUGCAGUUCAACCCAAUUACGACCAAUUAGUCCCGCCUCUGAACUCUCAGCAAACACCGGUUUAUUCUCCAUUGUCCAUUACCUCUCCACUCCCUCAUGGAUGUAUCUUUCCUUGUAAAUUCCUCUUAUAGUCAUCCAUACGAAAGUGAGGUCCUGGUGGGCUUCAAAAGUUCUCGUGAUGUCUAGCGAGAUUUAUUUUGUAAUCGUAAGAACUUAGGAAGAGGAAUUGUUCUUCAGACUGGUACUGGGAAGCGCUCAAGGACAAAGCAUGGGGAACAUACGGGUGUCGUGAUAUAUAUUGUAUCAAACACUCGGUCAGAGGUGGGAUGUUUCAAAUAAGAAGUUAAGAACUACAUUGGAAUUGUUUAUAAUGUGCGUCACCAGAGUGGUCUGAUGCAAAUGAUAUUGUAUGGUAUGCU